AAAAAAAAAAAAUUCGGUGGGGAUUUUUGGCAUAUGCUAAUUUGCCAAGUUGUGGUCUUGAUUUGCCUCUUCCGAUCUCACCUUCCUCAACCUUCCUUUCUAUUCUUUUCUCUCAAUUAUCAGCUCUAUAAUCUCUCAAUUUCUUCAUUUACUUUUUAGAAAAAAGAAAGAAAUUAUCUUUUCAUUAAUUUAGCCAGGAAAAGUAGAUAAUUGUAUGAUUUGAGGUGAGGAUACUGAAUUCAAUUUUGUCGUGGGUGUGAAAAUUUAUGAAAACAUUUCUGGGUGUUCGUGGAAACAAUUGAAAUUUUCUGCGAAUGAAGUUGGGUCAUUGAAAAAGAUUCAAUCUGGAAGAAAUUGAAUAGUAUGAGUUGAAAUAUUUUGUGGUUUUUUUAGGUGUUCUCGAUAAAUUUGUAUUUUUUGGUGAAUGGUGUUGGGUAAUUGAAAAAAGAUUGAAUAAUUGUUAGAAAUUGAGGAAAGAAAUGCUGUAUUUGAAGCAACCGAUGGUACAAGAAUUGGGUGAUUAUUGGUUUCAAAUUUUGAAGUGGGAAUUUUGAAUGCGAGACUGAAAUUCCCGGGCCCAGAGGCUCGGGGAUCUACAAUUAAGAGGAAAAAACAAGCAAUAAGAAAAUGGGUUCUCAAGAGGAAGAGCCUCAACCCUUUCAACCUACUCUCUUCCCUCCUCAGCCAUGUAUGCACAAGUUCCGGCUCUACGAGACUCGAUCGAAAUUCUACAUGGUAGGAAGGGACAAGAGCAGAUCAUAUUGGCGAGUAUUAACCAUUGACAGAUCUGAACCAUGCGAACUUAACAUUAAUGAAGAUUCUACAACAUAUACAGAAAGUGAAUGCACUGAACUUCUAAAACGAAUACAUGAAGGAAAUAAGUGCAUUGGUGGACUUAAAUUUGUCACAACUUGUUAUGGGAUUGUUGGAUUUAUUAAAUUUUUGGGGCCUUACUAUAUGCUGCUUAUCACCAAAAGGAGGCAAAUUGGUUCGAUAUGUGGCCAUACAAUAUAUGCCAUCUCGAAGAGCGAGAUGAUUUCGCUUUUGUAUUCAGUAGAGCCAUCUUAUAUGUUGGACUCAAAGGACGAAUAUAGAUAUAAGAAGCUUUUAUGCAUGGUUGAUCUUACGAAGGACUUUUUCUUCAGCUAUUCAUACCAUGUGAUGCGCACUUUACAAAGAAAUUUGUGCGAUACGCAGUCAGAGCAUGUCCUCUAUGAAACUAUGUUUGUCUGGAAUGAAUUCUUGACCCGAGGAAUUCGCAAUAACCUCCAAAAUACGCUAUGGACUGUUGCAUUGGUUUAUGGCUUCUUUAAGCAAGCGACACUCUCUGUAACCGGGCACAACUUUAAGUUAACUCUUAUAGCAAGGCGUUCACGUCAUUAUGCCGGUACCAGGUAUCUCAAACGAGGAGUUAAUGAGAAAGGGCGAGUGGCAAAUGAUGUUGAAACUGAGCAGAUUGUGUUUGAGGAUAUUGCUGAAGGAUCACCUGUGCGAAUUAGUUCUGUUGUCCAGAAUCGUGGCUCAAUUCCCCUUUUUUGGUCACAGGAGACCUCACGCUUAAAUAUUAAGCCUGAUAUAAUAUUGUCAAAGAAAGACCAGAACUAUGAAGCAACAAGGCUCCAUUUUGAAAACCUUGCCAAGAGAUAUGGCAAUCCAAUAAUCAUUUUGAAUUUGAUCAAGACAAUUGAAAAGAGGCCACGUGAAUCUAUUCUUCGUGGAGAGUUUGCAAAUGCCAUUGAAUAUAUCAAUAAAGAUUUGCCUGAAGAGAACCGCUUGAAGUUCCUGCACUGGGAUUUAAACAAACAUGCACGAAGCAAAGCUACAAGUGUGUUGCUCCUCCUAGGAAAAGUUGCUGCAUAUGCAUUGACACUAACGGGUUUCUUUUACUGUCGACUACUACCAGCCUCUGCAUCUGGUGAUUCUUCAGAUUACCCAUCUUCUGGGAGCUUUGGAUCCAGUGACGUUGAACAAAAUGAUCAUCAAUUGGACCAUGUAGAUGGUGAUGAUGUGGAGAGAGAUGCUGGUCAUAAUCAAUCCAAUGGAGAUUACGCUGACAAGGAGCCAAGGUUUCAAAAUGGUGUCCUAAGGACAAAUUGCAUUGAUUGCCUAGAUAGAACGAAUGUUGCUCAAUUUGCCUAUGGAUUGGCUGCCCUUGGACAUCAGCUUCACGCUUUGAAUAUGAUAGAUGUCCCCAAAAUAGACCUUGAUUCGCAGCUGGCUAAUAAUUUGAUGGGGUUCUAUGAGAAAAUGGGAGACACUCUUGCACAUCAGUAUGGAGGGUCUGCUGCUCACAACAAGAUAUUCUCUGAAAGAAGAGGUCAAUGGAAAGCAGCUACACAAUCCCAGGAAUUCUUCAGAACUCUCCAACGAUAUUAUAGCAAUGCAUACAUGGAUGCAGAGAAGCAAAGUGCCAUAAAUGUAUUCCUGGGACAUUUCCAGCCGCAGCUUGGCAAGCCGGCAUUGUGGAAUCUGGGAUCUGACCAUCACUGUAGUCCAGGGGGAAAUGGACAGACAGAUAUUGAUGAAAAUGGAAGAUCAUUAUUCAAAAGGUGCUGGUCAGAUGGAAGCAUUCUUCAUCCUAGUGGCUCGCCCAUGUCAUCCACACAUGAUCAACGGGAAAAAGUUUCAAAAUUGGUUUUCCCUGAUUCAUCUGAAGGUUCUAAUCAGCACCUGGUUGAAUCAACUCCAGAGAUAUCAGCUUCAGAAAGUGAUACUUCCUAUCACAGGCACACCAAUUCUGCCCCUUGCAAGCAGCUUUUUGGAGAUGUCCAAAGAGAAAUUUAUGUUGUUGAAAAUGAUAAUGUCAACGUUCAUGAACGCAUAGAUUCAAUAGACUGCUCAAAUUUUGUAGACUUGGAUUGGCUUUCUUCUUCUGGAAAUUCAUGCGAAGAAGAGUCUUAUGAGAGGUCAAUGUAUACGAAUUCUUCACUUGUUGGUUUGUCAUCCGAUAAUGUCAUGAAUGGAGUAAUGGGAGAAACAACUCCAUCUAGUAGCCAAUACGGACCCGGUAUGAAGGGAAGGGAAAGCACGGAAGGAGAAUUACCUUGUGGUAAGGCUAACGAUUCCGUGCUGGACGAAUUUUCAGAGAGCUUUAUACGAUGGGUGACAUCAGGAGAGACACUCUGCCAUUGAAAACUCUCAAAUUUGUGCUUGGUGCUUUUCCUUUCGUCUUUCUCCUCGUGUCUGAAAAUGUGAGAUUGUGUGAAGCUUUUCCUUUGUCGUCCCCGUGACCCCGAUGUCCAUACCUGUUCAGUAACUUCAAGAGCCGCAAAUAUAGUAUGAAGCUGAGCUUGUAGGCAAACGACAUAAUAAGCAGGUAUUACCUGAACUGUCUAUUUGUUAGUUGCGUGCUGGUGCAAGUGCUUCAUCCGGGUCUAUGCAAAUCAGAAGCUGAUGGUAAAUAGAAAAUAGUUGCAGAUUCUUUUAGGAGCUAUUUUUCUGUUUUUUUUUUUUUUUUUUUUUCAUUUUUAAUCUUUUUUAUUUCAUCGUCUGAGUGUAGUCGAUGAAUUAGUUUCUUCAAAGUUUCUUGUAAAUAUGUUGCCUUGGGUGUUGGGAGCUCCUCUUGCAAAUGUAGGCAGUUGAUUCUUUCCAUCUGUUUUAACAAUCCAUGAAUUUAAGGAAGUUCAUACUUAAAUGAUAUAAAGAGGAUAUCAAGGUUUAGUUGAUUCAA